GGGGAAAGCGCAGUAAGUUACCUUUCGCUUUUCUCCGUUCUCUUUACCUGGAACAACAGCAGGAGUUAAACAGAAACAGCAGAACUACACUUUUAAAAUGGCGUGUGGUGGAUUUGUUUGUUCGAAAUAUACUCUUUUAGCGUUGAACAUUCUUUAUAUGUUGGUGAGUUUGCUGUUAAUAGCAGGAGCAGCCUGGGGAAAAUGGGUCGAUUUGUUCUCCAGCUUUCGUGUGGUCGCUGCCAUCAUCGCAGUGGGUGUUUUUCUCUUCUUCGUAGCAAUGCUGGGUCUGUGUGCCGCUAUGAAGCAUCACCAAGUCCUCUUGUUCUUUUACAUGGUUAUCCUUCUCAUGGUGUUCAUUGUGCAGUUCUCAGUGUCAUGCGCAAGCCUGGCUAUCAAUAAGGAUCAACAGAAAUUACUCAUGGAGAUCGGAUGGAAUAAGUCUGAGGCCGUGCAGAUGGAAUUGGAGAAAUCCUUGGACUGCUGUGGUUUCUCUGAGGUCAUCUACAAUGGAACAUGCGAAGCUAACUGUAUUUUAGCUCAAAAUUGCGAGCCUUGUUCAGGAAAAAUUCAGGUGUAUGCUGAUGAUGUACUGCACUUUGUGGGAGGAACGAGUUUGUUCUUCAGUUUCACAGAGAUUCUGGGUGUUUGGUUAACAUACAGAUAUAGGAAUCUGAAAAAACCUCGUUUAAAUCCUCAUGCGUUCCUUUAAGAAGGUUCUUGUUUUCAGUUUGUGCAUAUAAGUAAGCUGCUGCUCAGUAUUUUAUAAUCACAGAGCAAAUUGCUAUUUUACAGUGCUUGACUCCUAUGCUGAUAUUUUACAUGAACUGUCGCCAACCCCCCCCCAAAAAAAACAAAAAAAAAACACAACAACUAAAUGGAUGAAAGUGUGGUUAAACUGAAUACUGAGUAGCUAUUGUUUUUGCUUUAGGUUUACAUUAUAUUGUUGGAAAUGUAACUCAUGAUUAAUAUGUUUAACUGAAAAAUAUUUUGUAAGAUGUAAGGCAUAUCAGUGAAUUAAGUUAAGAUUAAGUAGCUAAAAACUAUUACAAUAAUAAUUACAAAAUUGGAAAAGUGUGCGUUAGACAAAUAGUGUUGUGAUAUGGACACUUUUUGUAAAAAGCUAACGAGACACACACCAAGAAAGGAGGUGUUAAACUGGACUGACCUGAUAAACUAGUGAAACACCAAACUAAUAAGAACCAUUAAUGAAAGUAUAGUACACUUUAUUUCUUUGUAAACUAAAACCAAAUCGGAAAAACAAGCUUGUUUUUGUCUUUUGUGAUAAUUGAAAGUGGAAACUGCUGAUUUACUUGGCUAAGUUAGCACGCAGGUAUUUGACCUCAGCCCAGAGACACACCAUCCGUGGCCACAUGGUUGCACUCUGAACAGGACACGACCAGGAACUGCUACGUCAUUCAUUUGGAUACGGCUGAGCCAACACACGGAGAUCUUAUCCAACCAGAUAAAUACAGAUGACUGCUGAAUGUGUCUACUGUGCUUUCUAUGAAGUAAUGUUUAUUGCUGUCAGGGAGGAGGAAAUGAGCUUUUUAUAGGUAGAACUAUAGGAAUGCCUAAUAAGCAGUGGGGUAAAAUAAAUAAAUAAAUAAAUAAAACCUCAGAAUUAAUUAUGAGUUGUGAUACACGUAUACUGCCAACUGCUGUUUAAAAUACAUUAGCUAUAUGUAAUGUCAUAUCAGGCUGCACACACUGCGGUUUUAAAAUGUGUAUAGUAGUCAGUUUUGGGAGACUUCUAUGUUUACCUGUAUAGUAUUAUACAUAAUGUAGUGUCCACUUUGAACAGAGAAGCAAUAAAAUGUCUUACAAAUUUA